AGCAUGCACCCGGAAGUGUUGCUGAUAAAGUAAAUUUUGUAUCUGAAGCCAGAUAUGAGGUUGAUGAUUUUGGAUGCUGCUGCAGCGGUUGACAAUAUUUUAAUACUAGUGUAGCUGCUUCAGAUAUAUCCUCACUAUGGGGAAAUCAUUCGCCAACUUUAUGUGUAAAAAGGAUUUCCAUCCUGCUUCUAAAUCUAACAUCAAAAAGGUAUGGAUGGCAGAACAGAAAAUUACGUAUGAUAAUAAAAAGCAAGAAGAUCUUAUGCAGCAAUAUCUUAAAGAGCAAGAUUCAUAUAAUAACAGAGUGCUUUUGGGUGAUGAACGUGUCAAGAAUGGGCUCAAUUUCAUGUACGAAGCACCCCCUGGAGCUGAAAAAGGUAAUUUGCAGCUGGUUUCAACAGAGGGAGAAUCGACUGAGUACAAAUUUGAAUGGCAGAAAGGUGCACCCCGUGAAAAGUAUGCUAAAGAUGAUAUGAAUAUCAGAGAUCAGCCUUUUGGUAUACAGGUUCGCAAUGUGAGAUGCAUCAAAUGUCAUAAAUGGGGUCAUGUGAAUACAGACAGAGAAUGUCCACUGUUUGGCCUUUCUGGAAUUAAUGCAAGUUCAGUCACCACUGAUGGAUCUGGGCCUUCAAUGCACCCCUCGGAGUUAAUGGCGGAGAUGAGAAACAGUGGGUUUGCACUGAAACAAAAUGUGCUGGGGAGAAACUUGACCGUGAAUGAUCCAUCGCAGGUUUACGUUGUAAGUGAACCAGAGGAAGAUGAUCCAGAAGUAGAGUUUUUAAAAUCCCUCACAACUAAGCAAAAGCAGAAACUUCUAAGAAAGCUUGAUCGACUUGAAAAGAAGAAAAAGAAAAAAGCAAAGAAAAAAAAACUUAAAAACAAGAAAAGUAAGCACAAGAAGCAGAAACGCAGUAGACAUAAUAGCAGCUCCUCCAGUGAUUCAUCAGCUAGUAGCAGCAGUGAAUCGGAAGAAGAAAAGCACAAGAAGAAGGCAAAAAGAGAAAAAUCUUCAAGUGAUUCUGAUGAUAGUAAUAGUGAUUGCAAAGACAAAAAAUCUCCUAGCAAGGGUAAAUGGUCUAAAGAAUCCACCAGCUCAAUUAAAGAAGUGCAUGAAAAGUCUUUAAAUUACCUGAAAAAAAAUGAAAGGUAUAAAAGUGAGGAUUGUAAUAGCAGUCGAGGUAAGCCAGAGAAAAGUUAUAAAUCUCAGAAGUGUAGAUCUGUAAGCCCAUACGAUGAGGAUUCUAGAAACAGGAACAGUAGCACAAGUAGAAAUGAUAAAAAAGAAAAGGAAUACUCAAGUCAACUAAGCGACAAGGUGAUGAAUAAUGAAAGGAGGAGCAGGAGCCAGGACAGAGAGGGAAGAAAAAAGAGGAGGAGCAGGAGCCGUGACAGAUUGAAGAGGAGCAGGAGCCGUGACAGAUUGAAGAGGAGCAGGAGCCGUGACAGAUUGAAGAGGAGCAGGAGCCGUGACAGAUUGAAGAGGAGCAGGAGCCGGGACAGAGAGAAGAGGAGCAGGAGCCGGGACAGGGAGAAGAGGAGCAGGAGCCGGGACAGGGAGAAGAGGAGCAGGAGCCCUGACAGAGAGAAGAGGAGCAGGAGUCGGGACAGAGAGAAGAGGAGCAGGAGCAGGGACAGAGAGCGAAGAAACAGGAGCCUGGACAGAGAGAAGAGGAAAUAGUAAUAAAUGUGUUUUUAAAUAAACUGCAUUAUUAAAUC